CGACAUAAACUGCUCAGCGGCAGACAGGUUUUUGUCAACAUGCCGGAACAUUUCCACCUAAACACACCUCUCCUGGAGAGUGUCAGCAUGUCUAAGCUGCUGGGGUCCACAGUUUAUUUGAAGAUGGAGAACUCCCAGCCCUCCGGUUCCUUUAAGAUCCGGGGUAUCGGACACCUGUGCCAGCAGCUCGCCAGGCGGUCCAAAGGUAUCGUCUGUUCUUCAGGCGGGAAUGCAGGUUUGGCUGCUGCUUAUGUCGCUAGGAAAAUGGGUGUUCCUGCCACCAUUGUGGUUCCUUCGUCGUCUCCUCAGCUGGUGGUCCAGAGGCUCCAGGAUCAGGGGGCUACAGUCAGGAUUAGUGGAAAGGUUUGGGACAACGCCAACGCAGAAGCUCUCAGAUUGGCAGAAACUGAAGGCCUGACCUUUGUUCCUCCUUUCGAUCACCCCUUGCUCUGGGAAGGCCAUGCCACUCUGAUCUCUGAGAUUUCGGCCUCUCUGGGCUCUGGAGUGAAGCCGGGUGCCGUUCUGCUGUCUGUGGGAGGCGGGGGACUCCUGUGCGGGGUCAUCCAGGGUCUGAAGGAUGUUGGCUGGAUUGACGUACCAGUCAUCGCCAUGGAAACAGUGGGGGCUGACUGUUUCAACGCUGCAGUAAAGGCAGGGAAGGUGGUGACUUUGGAGGAUAUCACCAGCGAGGCAAAAUGUCUCGGAGCAAAAACAGUUUGUCAGCGAGCCUUCGACUACAGCCAGGGCGGCGAGGUGACAAUCAUAUCGGAGCUGGUGACCGAUCAGCAGGCUCUGCACGCCGUCCAAACCUUCCUAGACGAGGAGCGCGUGUUGGUGGAGAUGGCCUGUGGAGCGUCUUUAGCAGCCGUUUACAGCAGACUCAUACCCAGACUACAGGAUGAAGGUCGGCUGCCGGCUCUACAGGGCCCCCUGCUGGUGAUCGUGUGCGGCGGCAGCAGCGUCAACGUGGAGCAGCUGAGCGUCCUGAAACAGAAACUGCAGUGUUAAAACACCUGUACAGCUGCUCCAGCAGCCAGAUGAUCAGGAGGUGAUUGAUCUCCCUGCAGCCGCGCUCCAUCCUCUGGUGGAUGAGAUCUGAGCAGCUAAUGGACGAGCCGGUCCAUUUC